AUGAUUAGUGCCAUAAGGGGCCGUAGUGCUCCGCUGUAUCACCCCCACCGCGAGGGGCCCCUUGGGCGGCUGCCCUGGCGCCGGGAGCCACGUGCGGGGACGUGGUGCCCUCUGAGCGCCGGCCUCCUGCAGUGCCACCUGACCAGUAUCGUCAAGAGUGCAGCCUCACAGUGCCCGCACAUCGUGCGCAUCGUGGACGUCUACGAGAACUUGUACGCGGGGCGGAAGUGCCUGCUGAUCGUCAUGGAGUGUUUGGACGGCGGAGAACUGUUCAGUCGAAUCCAGGACCGAGGAGACCAGGCCUUCACGGAACGAGAGGCCUCAGAGAUCAUGAAGAGCAUCGGCGAGGCCAUCCAGUAUUUGCACUCGAUCAACAUUGCCCAUCGGGAUGUCAAGCCUGAGAACCUCUUAUACACCUCCAAAAGGCCCAACGCCAUUCUCAAGCUCACUGAUUUUGGCUUUGCCAAGGAAACCACCAGUCACAACUCUCUGACCACUCCUUGUUACACACCAUACUACGUGGCUCCAGAGGUGCUGGGCCCAGAGAAGUACGACAAGUCCUGUGACAUGUGGUCCUUGGGUGUCAUCAUGUACAUCCUGCUAUGUGGGUACCCCCCCUUCUAUUCCAACCACGGCCUUGCCAUCUCUCCGGGCAUGAAGAGUCGCAUCCGAAUGGGCCAGUAUGAAUUCCCCAACCCAGAAUGGUCAGAAGUAUCAGAGGAAGUGAAGAUGCUCAUCCGGAACCUGCUGAAGACCGAGCCCACCCAGAGGAUGACCAUCACCGAGUUCAUGAACCACCCCUGGAUCAUGCAAUCGACGAAGGUCCCUCAGACCCCACUGCACACCAGCCGGGUCCUGAAGGAAGACAAGGAGAGGUGGGAGGACGUCAAGGAGGAGAUGACCAGUGCCUUGGCCACGAUGCGGGUCGACUACGAGCAGAUCAAGAUAAAAAAGAUUGAAGAUGCGUCCAACCCUCUGCUUCUGAAGAGGCGGAAGAAAGCGCGGGCCCUGGAGGCCGCGGCCCUCGCGCACUGAGCCAGGCCUGCCGCUCCGCUGGAGGACAAGCAAUAACUCUCGACCGGGAUGGAUUUUUUAAACAGAGAGACCCAGAGCCGCCUCCUCCCGCUCCGCAUCCUCCUCCGCCGCGUGGGGCCGGGACCUCUUCAGAGGCAGCGUUCUGCCUUCGGUUCUGGCCACCUGCCUGAGGGGGCGCCUGGGAGGCUGCGGCCCUGGGGAGAGGGAGCACCAUGCUCUCGACCCUGUGCUCAUUUGGCAAUUUUAUCAGUAAUUUGACUUAGAAUUUUUACGAA